AUGGCUGAAACAGACUCACAAAGGUCGGAAGCACUUCGAGCACAAGGAAACGAGCUCUACAGGCAGGGGAAGUUCACAGAUGGUUAGUUCACCGCAGAGAACUGUUACUGAAGCAUUCUGACCCUUUGACAGCGCUUCCAUUGUAUGAGCAAGCUGAUGAAUUGGCACCCGAUGACCCUGCACCCCUUUCCAACGUAUCCGUGGCCCAUUUCGAGCUCGGUGACUACAAGAGUGCCGUCACAGCCUGUGAUCGUGCUCUUGAACACCAAAAGGAUGAGGCAAAAAGGCAGAAGAUCUUGCUGAGAAGAGCCACCUCGCAAAUUCAUGCCUUGGAGCUUGUCCACGCUGGCGCAACGAUCGAGCAGUUGGCCGAUGUGAAGGCUAAGACAGACCUCAUGAAAUGCCUGGCUAGCCAGUCUGAAAGCCGAAGAAGAGUCCAAGACACAAAGGCUGUGCACAAGAUGAUCAUUAUGGACCUUCCCAGAUUCAAGCCACAAAUGCGAGUGAAAUCUCUCUCCCGAGAAACAAAGUAG